AUGUCAGACCCGGCGACCCAAGAGUCCUACCCUGUCCCAGACCCGACUAUUGUGGAUCCCUGCCCCGCCACGGUGCGGAACGGCCAGUGCGCCCCGGAUGGCUUCACUAACAACCAUCACCAGCAAGACAAACCCCCCGGCCAGCCAGAGCCGUUCACCACGGGCCAGGAGAUGAGAAUCACAGACAGUGUGGAGGGAGAAGGUCUCCUCGAGAGCAGCAUGCGCCUGAAGCCCCAUGAGGCCCAGAGCUACAGGAAGAAGGCGCUCUGGGUCUCCUGGAUCUCCAUCGUGGUCACACUCAUACUGGCUGUGGCAGCUUUCACUGUAUCAUUCAUGAGACACAGCGCGUCAGCCUUUGGAUUUGCUUUUGAUGCCACGCUGGACGUCCUAUCAUCAGUCAUUGUCCUCUGGCGCUACAGCAAUGCAGCAGCAGUGCACUCUGCGCACAGAGAGUAUAUAGCAUGUGUGGUCCUUGGGAUUGUGUUUGUUCUCUCCUCCAUAUGCAUCCUUGGAAAGGCCAUCCAUGAUCUGGCGACCAAGAUGCCGCCAGAAGUGGAUGACUUCCUCUUCAGUGUGUCCAUAGUGAGCGGAUUCACGUGUGCUGUGCUGGCUGUGGCCAAGUUCAUGUUGGGAAGAGUGCUGACUAGUCGGGCACUUAUCACUGAUGGGUUUAAUUCUAUGGUUGGAGCUAUCAUGGGAUUUUCCAUUCUGAUCAGUGCUGAAGUCUUCAAGCACCACGCUGAUGUCUGGUUUCUGGAUGGCACCAUCGGAGUUCUCAUUGGACUCAUCAUUAUGGCAUAUGGGAUCAAACUCCUGAGGGACAUGGUGCCCCGUGUGAGGCAGACAAGGAACUACGAACGCUUUGAGUGAGAUGUGUGUGUGUUGAGCAGACGAGCAGGUUCACACAUACACACACACACACACACACACACACACACCUUGAUGCCUCCUUCCCUUCUUCCCUCUUCUCUCUGUCUUUCAUAAACACACUUUAGCUGCACAUACAUUCAGACGUUACACACUCCUGUUC